AACCUCUACAGCAGGGCGAUAGUGCGCGUUCCCGCGGACUCGCUAUAGAAAACAAAGCUGAGCGUCUUCCAUAUCAGCUAGAGCUGCAGACUCGAGGAAUAUCCGAAUUUAUUCUGGAUACAUCGGACAAAAUAUGGAUCUACAUUGGGUGUAGCAUCGUUGCAGACCGAGCCUUCUCGGCUGAUGUGACGGCAGGACAGUAGCGAAACCGACGAAAAUAACAUCUGUGUGUGUUUUUUUUUUUUUUCCUCGGGGUGCUUUGUCUUGUUCACCUAACGAUAGCAAACCAUCAUUUUCAUCUCAAUUGCACGAAAUUCAGCUAGUGAUUACUAGCUGCCGCCGGGAUGUAUCAGCAUGUUGUCACCUAAAAGUAACUGCUAAAACGUCGGAUUGUGAAAGAAAAGCAGAGACCCCUCGCUCCCAGGUCCCAGCGGGCUGACACCGGGACCUGAAUCUGCGUUAGCCACAGCCGCGGAACCCACUGUUUUCGGCGAUAUGGCGGAGCAAGGCUACUCGUCCUGGGCAUACUCCCUAGUUGACUCCAGUCAGGUGUCUACCUUCCUGAUCUCCAUCCUUCUUAUCGUUUAUGGCAGCUUCAGGUCAUUAAACAUGGAUUGUGAGAACCAGGAGAAGGAUAAAGACGGUAACCCCAUACCAACAGGGUCUUUUAAUAAUGGCAACACAAACAACAGCAUUCAGACUAUAGACUCAACACAGGCCCUGUUUCUGCCAAUAGGAGCUUCUGUGUCUCUGUUAGUCAUGUUCUUCUUUUUCGACUCGGUCCAGGUGGUCUUCACUAUCUGCACUGCAGUUCUUGCUACAAUUGCAUUUGCAUUCCUGUUGUUACCUAUGUGCCAAUAUCUGACCAGACCCUGCUCCCCGCAGAACAAGAUUUCGUUCGGCUGCUGUGGACGCUUCACCUUGGCUGAACUCUUGUCGUUCUCGCUUUCUGUUAUGUUGGUCCUCAUCUGGGUGUUGACCGGACACUGGCUCCUCAUGGACGCUUUAGCCAUGGGCUUGUGUGUCGCCAUGAUCGCCUUUGUUCGGCUUCCCAGUCUGAAGGUCUCCUGCCUGCUGCUGUCAGGACUGCUCAUUUAUGAUGUGUUCUGGGUUUUCUUCUCAGCGUACAUCUUCAACAGUAAUGUGAUGGUCAAAGUUGCCACUCAGCCUGCUGAAAAUCCCAUAGAUGUUCUCUCCAGGAAGCUCCACCUGGGGCCGGGAAUGGGCCGCGACGUACCCCGACUCUCCUUACCUGGCAAACUGGUCUUCCCAAGCUCCACAGGAAGCCACUUCUCAAUGUUGGGAAUAGGAGACAUCGUGAUGCCAGGGCUGCUGUUGUGCUUCGUCCUGCGUUAUGAUAACUACAAGAAGCAAGCAACCGGGGAGGUCCCGGGGCCCGGUAACAUGUCCGGACGCAUGCAGCGCGUCUCCUAUUUCCACUGCACUCUCAUCGGAUACUUUGUGGGUCUGCUGACUGCCACUGUGGCCUCGAGAAUCCAUCGCGCUGCUCAGCCCGCUCUGCUUUACUUGGUUCCCUUCACCCUGUUGCCUCUUCUCACUAUGGCUUACCUGAAGGGGGAUUUGCGGCGAAUGUGGUCUGAGCCUUUUCACACCAAGGCCAGCAGCUCUCGCUUCCUGGAGGUAUGAUGCAACCCGGUGACCCAACAACCAGCGCGGGGACGACUGCUGAUCUUUUUCUCUUUAUUGGAGGAAAGGAAAGAGGGCACACUCACCAUGAGGCCAUGUUGUCAUCACUUCAUGCUUUCCACCGAUCUGUGAAGAAAAUAAAAUCUUGCAGAAAGGACACCAGAGUGUGGAUCACAAUGCCCAGACAAGGACUCAUCUUUGCUACCUACAUUCUUCACCAUUUCAUCUUCACUUCCUCCUUUACCCUUUCUUUCCUGUCCAUUACAGCACAUCCUGCCUACGCUGUUUUUGUGCUGCCUUCCUCUUUGUCUCCUUUCCUUUUUUUUUCUCAUCCGCCCACCUUUCUACGUGACCCAUCUCAUAUUUUCCACCUCCUCUCUCUCUCUUCUGUCUUUUUGUUCUGGAUUCCUUUCUCUCGGAUGAACUAAAUGGACCAGGCCUCCCCCACCCACCUCCUUUUUUUGUGGACUUACAGUUGUGAGACAUGGCUGGGGUUUAUAUGUAUUUUUUUAGCAUUGUCGUGGUCAUUAUAAUUAAUGUUAUUAUUAUUGAAGAACUUUAACAAGUGGAGAAGAGUUGGAGUGUUGCAGUUGCACAGGAGCAGCAACAUCAUCCAGAGUCCUCUCUCUUCUUCAGUCUCCCUGUUUCAUCACCCCUCCCUGAUGGCUCCCCCUCCUGGUGCUCCUGCCCUCUUGCUACACUCCUUGUGCUACUCACCCCCCCAACACCCACCCACCCUUCUGUUCAUCUGCUGUCCCUACCCCAACAGAUAACUAUGUAUUUUAUUUAGAAAGGUUUUAUUCUUUGCAUAUACAGAAAUGAUGCAUUACAAACUGUUAAGUCGUCGUUCCCCCCCCCCCCCCCGUCCUAUGAGUCGGAGGGGGUAGCUUUUAUUUGUAUAUAUGUGUACACAUGUAUUUGCGGUAUCAUGAGUUUGUAUUUGUGUUUGAGAGCAUGUUGAAGAGGGCGGUAAACUGAUGUCUAACAGCAGCCUGAUUUUACUCAGAUUGGUAAAGUGUGCAAUAGAAACAUCCUUAAAGAAAAAAGUACAAACGCAGACGACAGUUUCCCGCUCUAAUCUUAAAGUGUGCGUGUGUGUGUGAGUGUGAACACGAGCAAGCCGUUAUUUUACUCUUGUUUUAAUUUGAAAUCAUCUUUAAAAUGACGACAAUAGUCAGGUUUGCAUUGAGCUGUGUGUUGGAUCAAAGGGCGUCAAGCACAUGAAACACAUGUAAAUGGUUUAUCUUGUAAAAACAGGGGAAAAAAUAUAUAAGAAAAAAUGUAGAAACUCCACAGAGGUCAUUUUUCUCUUCAGUUUUCUGCAGAUAGCAGAAAUGUAAACAGUGUUUUUGUUUUGGUUUUUCCUUCUUCCAAAUAAAUGAAUGUUAAAUAAGA